AUGACACUCAUAUAUAUAGAGGCUAAGUCACCGGUGCUUCUCACCAACUACUGUUCACAUUUCCUGGGAAGGAGAGACGAACCCAAAGGUCACAAUGAACAAGCUUCUGGUCAUCACCGUGCUCAUAGCUCUCUUCUCCUUCGGCGCACAGGGCUUCCGUGUGCCAAGGCAGGCUGAGGAGGAGGAGGUAGUUGCCGGGGCGCCCGAGGAGGUGGUUGCUGAGGAGACGGUUGUGGGGGUGCCCGAGGAGGUGGUUGCUGAGGAGGCGGCUGCCGAGGUGCACGAGGAGGUAGUUGCCGAGGCGCACGAGGAAGUUGCUCCCGAAGAACCCGCUCCAGAGGAACCCGUCCCCGAGGAACCCGUUCCCGAGGAACCCGUCGCCGAGGUCGCCCCUGAGGAACACGCUCCCGAAGCUGUGCCAGAUGUAGUCGCACCCGAAGAGCCUGAAGGACCCGGACCCUUCACCAUGGCCUUCGACGCCAUUCGCCACGCCUGGGACACCUCUGUGGACACAGCCCACGGCUGGCUGGAGACCGUCAGGGGCCUGAAGCUGGAGGAGAAGGCCAAGAGCCUGUACGAGGACACCGCCAACGCCGUGACCACCUACUCAGGCAUCCUGCACGACCAGAUGUACCACCUCAUCUACUCCCAGUAAAUCCGGCACCACCCUCCCCACCAUGUGGCGCUACCUCAGCCCGUUCCCCCCAAGAGCCUUCCUCCUGUCUGCGCGCUACGCCUCAGACGACACGCACUUCAGACUCUGUCCCGCCCACACAGACACAACGCUCCACCCGAAACACCCUCCCCCACCCCCCCCCCCCCACCCCCCCGACACCAGGACAAGGGUCCGGCCAACAGUGGCCCCCUCAUCCUCCCCUGACAGCAAGUCGAUGUGCCACGCCUUUACCCACACCGGAGACGAGCCAAACCUCAAACACCACAGUACGCUACACCACAGAGAAAUCUAGCACUCAAUGGUACAGCAAGCUUUACCAAACCACCAUAGUAGCUUGGUCAACAAACCACAGAAUACAAACGAUUAACAGUUUGACAAUACAAUGGAGAGGAGCAAAGGAAUGUGCACCACAAUGGUGUAACCCUCACCUCUGAACAAUAGAACAUGUGGACAUGACAGCUCAGGUCUAUGCCACUUUCCUGGAGAGAAGAUUAUUUUUGUGUCACAGUUGAUUCCUAAAAAAUUAUCCAUGCAAGAAUUUAUUGAAAUAAAACCACGCAUUUGUAGAAAUA